GUACUGUAGACAUUCUUAUGAUAUACGAUUUCUUUGUAAUACGGUACAAGUUCAUUGCUUGGGCUUCCAGCAACUAAAAAGCUUGAAAAUGUCAUUUCUUUUCAUCCUAUCGUUUGCCAUGGUAUUUGGUGUUACUGAUGAUGGUCUAAAACCUGUGCCUGUCCAAGAAGGCAAGAAUGCACAUUUUAUGGUCAAUACUACAAUGCCAAUUACCCAUUUGAGAAUUGGUGGAAAUGAAAGUUUCUCUGCUAGCCCACUGUACAUGAGAGUUGGUCAGGAUAACAACAUAAAAGUAAAAAAUAACACAAUAUAUAGUGGUAGACUAAUAUUUGAUGGUAAUCUACAAAGGGGACAAGCAUGGGUCACUUUGGAAAAUGUGGGGCCAUCUGAUUAUGGAAAAGUCUUUAGGUUAUAUUACGUCGAAGAUGGGAAAGCACCCACAAAAAAGGAUUUUGUCAUUAGACCAGAAGCAGGAAAUAACACUAAAGAAAAUAUCACAAAGAUCAUUGUCGAGACACCAACACCCAAGCCAGCAAGGAAUGGAAAAACAACUACAUAUGCACCUGAGAGUUAUCCAAAUAAUGACACAAGUCAAGUAAAUAGUACAGUCAAAACAAAGAACGGAACAUCGCCUAAUAACAGUACACAUGAACCAUCUAACAGUAGUUCAGAGGAAAUCAAGAGCAAUAGCACAAGGAAAUGCUGAUGUUGAGAAUCAGCAACCUCUGCCGCCAGGAGAUGCCAACGCUAACCACACACUCAGUGAAGAUCUUGAAAUGAAUGCUUACAUAAGAAAUCCAGAUGAUUAUCACGUUGAAAGAGAAAAGAGAAAGAAAGUGAGAGUUGAGGUAGAAAGAAUGGCUGAGGUUCAACAUUCUUUGAUUGAACUUGAAGAAGACAGUAGGAGUCCAAUGGCACUAUAAUGAUCUGGUCUGAUCUGACAAAGAAGAAAAGAGAGUAUUAGUCCAGAACCACUUGAAGCAAGCUCAAUCAAUAUAUACCAUGGUGGUAUUUUGUUUAAAAGAAUUUUUUUAUCAUAUUAUUAUCCAUAAAAUACCUAUAUU